UGUAUCGAUGAGGAAGAAAAAAAAUUAAUAUCUUUGAGUCAACGUGAAUAUAUAGGAAAAUCAGAUUAUCCAAUAGAACUCCCACAAAUAAUUCCUGGAUCUGUUGCUACCACCAAGACAACUCAUUUUGAGAUUCGCAAAACAAAACAGAACUUUGACAACCAACGCAUCCCCACUGUUGAGUAUUUGUCUAUUGCUAAUUGCUAGCAUGACGUGUGGGUUUGAUCGUUUAUCCGAUUUGUAAUUACAAUCAAAUUCAACCAUUCAAUUCCAUUUCAAGAUUGCCUAAAUCAUACUCUUCUUCUCCCCCACUUCAUGAUUUGUGCACAUUUCAAGUUUUUGUGCACAAACGAGUUAAAUUUCGGGAAACCCUUUUCAAAUAUUAAACUCUCCCACUCAAUUCUCCUCUGAUUUCUUCAAAUUUGUGUUCCUUGGCAGAAUUCCUCAUCUGGGUCACUUCGAAUUUCCGCAACUCACUCAAAAUCGGAGGGAAUAAUCUUCUUCGCUUUUCUCUGAUAUGGGUUCCGUUUUGAAGUUCGUCGUGUUUUCGCUUCUAUUAGCUUCUGCCUCUUCCCAUAUCAAUUCCAGCGAUGAGGGUUUCAUUUCGAUGGUCGUAUCUCAAAAGGGUCUUAACUUCAUCAAGGAUUUCUUGAUAGACAAGGCAAUUUCCUCCAUCAUUCCCCUUCGUUUGCCCAAUAUUGAGAAGACUGUCAAUAUUGCUCUUAUCGGCAAAGUUCAUAUGGGUCUUUCCGAUAUAAUCAUUGGCAGCAUCGAGGUCGAAUCGUCGGAUAUUCGGAUCGGUGAGACGGGUGUCAACAUAGUUGUCACGAAAGCCACUGCUAAUAUGAGUAUGAAAUGGCAAUAUACGUACAACACUUGGUUGUUCGAAAUUUCUGAUAAAGGAGACGCCUCUGUUCAGGAAACAUAAAGAAAGAAUGAUGCAAUUGAGAAACUAUAUUCUCAAGUGCGAGGUCGGGGCACGAGUGUGGUACCUAAACUGUGAGAUCCCACAUCGGUUGGGAAGGAGAACGAAGUAUUCUUUAUA